AUGGCACUAUCGGCGUUGGCGGAUGCCCAUCUCGAAGCAGCAGGGCCACAAUUCGACCCGCAUACUGAACCUCAUACUUGUGCGGAAAGAUGGCGAUAUUGGAUUCGCAAUUUAAAUUAUUACCUGGACGGUCAAGUUGGUCUCUCUUUAAAACAAAAACUGUCGAGACUCCUACACCAGGCAGGGCCAUAUGUACAAGACAUUUACGAAACUUUAUCAGACCAAGUGGUGAGCGCGGAAAGCAAAGAUGACUACGAGCGCGCAGUCAACAAGUUGACAGAAUACUUUGUGCCCAAGUUAAAUACCGCCUAUGAACGACAAAAGUUCAGAAGUUUGGAGUUUAAAAGGGAAGAAACGACAGCUCAGUUUGUCACAAAGUUACGAAAACAAAGUCAAUAUUGCGACUUUAAAGACAAGGAUGAGUAUAUAAGAGACCAGUUAAUUGAAAAAUGUAUGUACCCCGAUCUAAAACGAAAGUGGCUGCGAAAAACAUUGGAUAUCACUGAAAUGUUAGAUAUGGCGCGAGUUUAUGAAUUAGAGAACUACACUAGAUUGGUAAAGAUACAAGAACCUGUUGCUGAAACAAUACCUGAACCCAUGGAUAGUGUAAAUGCAAUUGAAACUAAGUGCUAUAGAUGCGACCGCCGAGGGCACAUAGCUAGCAGCCCUACAUGUACAGCCAUCAAUGCUGAAUGCAAGAAGUGUGGUUUGCGGGGUCACUUUGCACAAGUGUGCAAAACCAAGAAAGGAAAGAAGGAAGCAUGGAAGAAGAAAAUUAGGCGUAUUAGAUAUGUAGUGAGAGAGGAAACUGAAUCUGAAGACUCCGACAGCUGCAACAAAGACUCCACUGACCAAGAUGUGAAGAAUGUGUAUAGUGUGUUCAAAGUGGACUGUAGCACUGAUAAAUGUGAACUAUUAUUAAGACAAAAUAAGAUACCCUCCUAUUUUAUAAUUGAUUCAGGUGCGGCAAUUAACAUAGUUGACAAAAAGUUUUAUAAAAAGCUAGUGAAGAGUGGUUCUAGUUGUGAUUUAACUAAAACACAUCUAAAGUUUUAUGCAUAUGGUGGCAAGGAAAUUCCUAAUUUAGGCAUAUUUAAAAUUGAUGUAUAUUGUCCAAUGACUAAAACUGAGUUAAACAAUGUUGAGAUUCUUGUAUAUGAUGGCAUAGGACCAUGUUUACUAAGUAAAAACACCUCAAUUGAUUUGAAUAUGUUAAGAAAAGGACCAAUUAAUACUGUAAUUUGUAAUUUGAAUACUAAUGCUGAUAGUAUA